AUGCAUUGUGGGAUAAUAAAGAUGUCAGCCACCAUGAGUCAACGUCUGUCUGCUAACGACGAGGUUAUUUUAAAUAUCCUCAAUUUUCUGUGCAUUGCACAUUUGUUCGUCAAAAUCCCACAGAUGCGGAACAUUGUCAAAACAGGAAGCGUCAGAGGACUCAGUCUGAAAGGUUUCUUGAUGGAAACUAUUGUAUACAUGGUUGGCUUGCUGUAUUACUUCACCAAUAAUUUUCCCUUCCUGGUUUAUGCAGAAUACAUUGCUCUUGAAAUACAAGCUCUAUUGAUGGUUCUCGUAUUUCUUCAUUACUCAAAUGAUUUGGAUGUCAGGAUAUUACCGGUUGCAGCUUUAUUUUUUCUUGUGACAGCCAUUAUAGGAUCAGGGUCUCUUCCAACCUCCAUUAUUGCUUUUUUCUUGUACCAAAUGCCGGCUUACCAGAAAAUGGGUACAUUCAAGGUGGUGGGUGGAUGA